GACUUGUCUUUUGAUUUUAAAAUUUUUCACGUUUCAUUUCAAAAUUAAACAGUCUGUAACUGAAAAGGUUUGUUCUGUCUCACCGCCACAAAAAAUUUGCUGCUUCUAGUGAAUAUCUGGACAGCGAAAUAAUUUGGAUGCAGUUUCAAUCCAUUCUAAAGAGCCAGGACUGCAUCACCAAAAUGGCGAGAGUGGAUUAUCCAAGCGUUACUGAUGAGCAGGUGGCCAUCAUGAUCGCUUUAUUCAACAAGGGAGAAAGCCAUCGUUCCAUUGCUCUUCAGCUGGGUAUCAAUGAGUCCAUCAUACGCGAUAUUUUAAAGAAACACAAAGUGGUUAAGUCCAAGAAGGAUAAAUGGGCGUCCACACUGACAUCCGUCCAAGAGGAAGCGUUAGUGAAAUUCCUGAUAAAGAGCAGCACAUUCCAGGGAUCCUUCCGUGCCUUCAAGAGUCUGCUGGAAAAAUGGGCCCUCGACCAUCGUUGGGCAUGCAACAUUAACUUCUCAUGGCGGCGUUCCUUCCUGAAACGCCAUCAACUGCGCUUACCGGACAACAUCAAAAAGUACCUGAUGGUUCGCCCGAAAGAAGAAGGUCUGGACGUGGCGCACAUGGUGGUGCAGCCGACGGAUGUGGAGGAGGAAAUGGUGGACGAGGGCCCUGCCGAGGACGACAGCGUGGAGUGGCGCAUUGUCGCCGACGAGCAAGCGCAGCCCGGUGGGGGGCUAUCGCAGCAGACGGGCUCCACGGAGGAUGAGGAAGAGGCCGAGCAGGAAGUGGUGCAUCAGGAGAUACAUCUGACGGAGGACGAGAAGGCCGAGUUGGCGCAAGCGGUGCAGAUGGCUAUGGUCGUCUUCAGUCGGGCUGGUGUUUCCGAUGAACGAGCACAAAGGCUGCUGCGCAAUAUGAGUGUUCCAGGCUUUGGUCCUCCGGACAAACCCAAACCACGAAGUCAGCGAAAGAAGCUUCCUGGAUUCAACAGAAUCAACUGGGCAGAGUCAUGGCGCAUUACCAGCACAACACCGGCAACUCUUACUACGGUUAAUUAUGAACCCCCUCGCCUACCCGCCAAGAAAACGCCGUUGCAGUUGCGAGUUUUAGAACGCGAGUUCGUGAAAAAUCACCAUCCCACACAUUUGCAGUCGGAAGCCCUGGCAAAGAAACUCUCACUCCCUCAUGAAGCUGUAUUAUCUUGGUUUCGGAAUCGACGCCAGAAAUCAACCAAGAAGAAGCCGUAAGAGAUUUAGUGGUGCUUUUUUAGUUUAUUGCUCUUGUGCUGUCUCUUGCAUGAAAUUGUGUUUAUGGUCUUACCGUUUUCUGUAUAACAUAGAUAUUUGUGUACCAAAUUUAUUGUACAUACAUUCUACACUUACCGAACCGAAUCGUCUUUGGAGUUUAACCAAAUCGAAAAUAACUGGUCAAUGUAACCGAUAGUUCAAAUUGUCUGACUCUUUGAAUUUUCCGCUUUCUUCAAAUUGUAAUUCCACUAUUCGUUCAUUUUGUUUGUGGUUUUGUGGACCGUAUUUGUUAAUCAAGAAAGUUUCACUUUCGAACCUACGUUUCUGACUUUUGGCAACAUUGCAAAAUAAAAUUCAGA